CGACAGUAGUGUUGCUGACCGCAGCGGGGCCACCAAACAGAGGCCCGCAAAUAAUUUCUUCGGAGAGCCUCAGCGAUUUCGUAGCUGUCCACAACAACCCCGUCGGAGCCCCUCUACCCUUUUCUCGUCAAUUCUCACCAACCAACACAAAACACUAUGGCUAUCCAUUACUUGAUUCUCCUGUCGAGACAGGGCAAAGUGCGUCUUGCCAAAUGGUUUACCACUCUGUCCCCGAAGGAAAAGGCCAAGAUCAUCAAGGAUGUGACCCAGCUUGUGCUCUCGCGCCGGACGCGGAUGUGCAACUUCCUUGAGUACAAAGACUCCAAGGUCGUCUACCGUCGUUAUGCCUCCCUCUUCUUCAUCGCCGGAUGCGGCUCGACCGACAACGAGUUGAUCACCCUCGAGACCGUUCACCGAUACGUCGAACAAAUGGACAAGUACUACGGCAACGUCUGCGAGCUCGAUAUCAUCUUCAACUUCCAAAAGGCAUAUUUUAUUUUGGACGAACUCCUGCUGGCGGGAGAGAUGCAGGAAAGCAGCAAGAAGAAUGUUCUGCGGUGCAUAAGUCAACAGGACAGCUUGGAAGACAUGGAGGUUGAGGAGGACGUGGUUACGAAGAUCAUGUAGAGGCUUUUGAUUGUUCAUAUUCAGCGGCUUCUGUGUUUUGCGCUUGUUUGAUUUGAUUUCUGUUUCCGGUUUGCAGACUGUAUACUGCCAUUGGGGCACGGGCUACAUAGGCGUUGUCUUCUACUUCUACUACUAUUUGUGAUUUCAGACUAAUUAAUACGACAUUGACUACCAACUCAGGAUCCCGAGGAAGUGAUCGCCAACCUUUCCAAAGCCGGAUUCUAAACACAGCCGGACCCAA